GGCUUUGAAUCCGAGAUAAACCAGAGCAUGACUCGGUCGGAGAUAACGCAGAGGCGCGUCGAGUCGUGCGUCUAGUUUCCAAAGUCAGAAAAUGCUCGGGAGUCCUUCCAACAACGGCGGCAUCAGAAUGCUCGUGCCCCCGGCUCCGAGCGACCACCAGCGGGUGGAGUUCGUGGCUCUCACCGCCGUCCAGACGGAGAGGAGCGAGCCGUCCACCCCGGAGCGCGGACACCCCUCUCACCGCACGGGGCUGCUGGGCACCCCGCUGCCCGGACCCCCCGGACCCCGGGCCAACGCGUCCGCCUCCAGCAAGCGCUUCCGAAAGUUGCAGAACUUCCUGUACAACGUGCUGGAGAGGCCGAGAGGAUGGGCAUUCAUCUACCAUGCGUUCAUUUUUCUCCUUGUGUUCAGCUGCUUGGUGUUAUCUGUGUUCUCAACCAUCCCAGACCACCAGAAGUUUGCCAACCAGGGCCUCUUCAUCCUGGAGUUCGUCAUGAUUGUGGUCUUUGGUUUGGAGUACUUCAUCAGGGUCUGGGCAGCUGGAUGUUGUUGCAGAUAUCGCGGAUGGCAGGGACGUCUGAGAUUUGCCAGGAAACCCUUCUGUGUCAUAGACUUUAUUGUGUUCAUAGCGUCACUAGCAGUGAUUGCUGCUGGGACGCAGGGAAACAUCUUCGCCACGUCGGCCCUGCGCAGCAUGCGCUUCCUGCAGAUCCUGCGUAUGGUUCGUAUGGACCGGCGGGGAGGCACCUGGAAACUACUUGGCUCAGUGGUUUAUGCUCACAGCAAGGAGCUGAUUACAGCCUGGUACAUAGGUUUCCUGGUCCUCAUCUUCGCCUCCUUUCUUGUCUACCUGGCUGAGAAAGACACUAACACAGAUUUUGGCACCUAUGCAGAUUCCCUCUGGUGGGGAACAAUAACUUUGACCACCAUUGGUUAUGGUGACAAGACCCCUCACACAUGGCAAGGACGGCUUCUGGCUGCCGGCUUUGCCCUUCUGGGCGUCUCCUUUUUUGCCCUUCCCGCUGGAAUUUUAGGUUCAGGUUUUGCCUUGAAGGUCCAAGAGCAGCACAGACAGAAGCACUUUGAGAAGAGAAGGAUGCCAGCUGCAAACCUCAUACAGGCAGCGUGGCGUCUCUAUUCUACAGAUGCCAAACACUCGUAUCUAACAGCUACGUGGUAUUUCUACGACAGCAUGUUGCCUUCGUUCAGAGAACUGACGCUACUGUUCAGUCACCUCCAGCGACAGCGUAAGACCAAGAAGGUUCUUCACAACUCCUACCACACGCUGUUGUCUGGGCUGCGGCCCUACAGCUCCCCCUACCUGUCGGGGGACAGGAAGGCAGAAGCCCCAUGCAGUCAGCUUCUUUCUAAAAAGCGAGGUCUCUUCCGGAUUCAUGCUGGCCGCAAGCAGAGCAGCAAGCUGGGCUUCAGGGAUCGGAUCAGGAUGAACAAUUCCCGUUCAUCCCAAACCAUCCGGAACAAGGCGUCACCACUUCCCCCCAGCUCCGGUGUACGGCGAUCUCCCAGUCAGGAAAACGUCCCAGAAGCCACCAGUCCCGGAAAGGUCCAGAAGAGCUGGAGCUUCAACGACCGCACACGUUUCCGCACCUCCCUUCGCCUCAAGCCACGCCCACCUGCAGAUGUGGAGGGAGUUGGGGAAGACAGUGUGGAAGACAAACCAUACUGUGACGUGGCCAUGGAGGACGUGAUUCCAGCAGUGAAGACUCUGAUACGAGCUGUCAGAAUCCUGAAGUUCCUCGUGGCCAAGAGGAAGUUCAAAGAAACGCUGCGUCCGUAUGACGUGAAGGAUGUCAUCGAGCAGUAUUCAGCAGGACACCUGGAUAUGCUGGGCCGCAUCAAGAGCUUACAGAUGAGGGUGGACCAGAUAAUUGGGCGAGGAGCCGUUCAGCCUGAUAAAAAGGCGCGUUCUGAAAAGGGAGAAAAGACACCGCCAGAACUGGACCCGCUGGAUGAGCUAAGCAUGAUGGGACGUGUAGUUAAAGUGGAGAAACAGGUGCAGUCCAUAGAAAGCAAGCUGGACCUCAUGCUCAACUUCUACUCCCAGUGCUUAAAGAAAGGCUCAUCACACGCCACCCUGUCCUCCCUCCUGGACCCCGACCUGACGUCAGACUACAACAGCCCCACGGACCACAAAGACCUCUUCCCCUCUGCUAACACACUGAACAUCUCCCGGUUUGAGGGCGAUAACUUGGAGUGACAAUGAGCUGACUGAUAGAAACCUUUGACAGGAUGUCCUCCUUUAGGCUGAGCCCUCUCUCCGAGCAGCCAAACAGAACUGCGCUCCCUUUAUUUUACACCUACCUUCUCUGAUUGCUCCU